AUGUCGACUUCUAUCCUCUCCAGUCCCUACGCUGCCGCGCUAGGUGCCUGCGUUUUCUUUUAUUUCAUCGUAUACCCAGUUGUGACUUACUUCCGCGAUGUCAAUGGUCUUCGUCGUUAUCCCGGCUUCCACCCUCUUGCUGGAUUUUCCAAUAUCCCUUUCAUGAUCCUCGCCCACACCGGCGCUCGAUCUGUUUACCUCGAGAAGUUGCACCGAAAGUAUCCGGUACUUCGGACAGGUCCGAACUCGUUGUCGUAUGGCGACCUGCGUGCCAUCAAAGACAUCUACGGCCACAACACACCUUGCACGAAGGACGGCGCUUACGUGGUCACCGCCGGAUCCCACUACCAUCUCGCCGAUGUUGUCGACAAGCAUGACCACGCCCGCAAGCGUAAGACACUCAGCUCUGCGUAUGCAAUCAAGAACUUGGAGGGCUGGGAACACAAGGUCGCCGACAAGACACAAAGAUUGAUCAAGCACAUUGACACAUGCUGCACUGCGCCUCUGGCUCCUGGUACAUUGCCCAAGCCCGAGGAUAUUAACCUUGACUACCGUAAAUGGACCAACUUCUUCACCCUUGAUGCCAUCGCCGAUAUUGGCCUCUCGGAGAAACUUGGAUUCCUUGACCAGGGAACCAGUAUGGUAACAGGACGCAAAACCGAUGGCACGACAUACCAGUGCGAUCUUCGACCUGCUCUUUACCAGACUGCUCGCAAGCAGUCCCUUCUGCUCUGGCCUUACCAGUGGUAUUCGACCAUCAACAAGCUCGUCGAUAUCCUGCCAUUCUAUCGCCGCAUGGCAAACUACUCGAAAGAGUGGGAUGGCAUUCCCAACGAGUUGGCGCACAGACGCCUGCAACGCUACCGUGCUGGCGAGAAGUCUGAUGAUUUCUUCCAGGCUCUCAUGGAGGACAAGAACGGAUCACCGAACAACCUUGAAUGGGGUGAGAUCGUUGCCGAGGUCAGCAUCAUGAUGAACGCCGGCUCAGCAACCACUGCCAUCGCCAUCGCCAACGCGACUUUGCAGUUGAUCAAGCACCCAGAAUGCAUGAAGAAAGUGAGGGAGGAGAUUGAUGCCGCGCUCGAAGACAACGAGGAUGUCGAUGAGACAGGUGUGAUUGCGUACGAUACCGUCAAGCAUUUGCCUUACCUGCGCGCUUGCCUUGAUGAAUCACUUCGGCUCUUCACACCCACGCCUCAUGGUCUUCCGCGUGAGACACCUGCGGACGGUGCAAAUAUUCUCGGUGACUACAUCCCAGGAGGUGUGACUGUCGCGAUGUCGGCCCAUGUUGCACACAGACAAGAGUCAGUCUUCCCGCAAGCUGAUCAGUACAUUCCAGAACGAUGGCUCGGCGAGCAGGGCAAAGCGCUGCAACCUUACUUUCUCUCUUUCUCGGCUGGUGCGCGUGGAUGCAUCGGCCGCAACAUCUCUUACCUAGAACAGACCGUAGUGUUGGCGAGUCUGCUGCGGAGGUACGAGUUUGCGUUGAAAACCCCUGAUUGGGACAUUGAGCGACUAGAGACGAUGAACUGGAUCCUAGGUGAGAUGCCAGUCAAGGUCUGGAGAAGGGAACGAAAAUCAGCGUUGAGCGGCUAG